GAAGUCAUACCGUCUCAGCAGUUUACAGAUGUAGGCUGCUAAGAGAAUAUUUAGGUAGAGCGCUAAAAAAGUAGGGAGAUUUAAAAGACUGAUAGAAUACUUAAGUAGUUAAAUAAAUUAUUUUGUGAAAAUAUAUCAUUGAUAUAUCAUCGAUAAAAUUUACUGCUGAAAUGGCUAAAUACAAUUUUUUGUGUGCCGAAGGCAGUAAGCUUAACCAAAUCAUUUGUGCCGUCUUAAUAAACUUGCCAAUGUUGGCAUACGGGUCAGCUAUUGGUUGGAUGUCUCCAAUGACUCUACUCCUCCAAUCAGACCAGUCGCCCAGGGGCACUCCACUCACUGACCAGGAGAUCUCGUGGAUGGCGUCAGCUGCUUACUUCACUUCCAUUCCCGCCAACUUCUUGUUUGCUUACUUGGCUGACAGGUUCGGAAGGAAGAUCUCUAUGCUGAUUUGCUCAUCACAAUUUGUGUGCUGCUGGUUGGUCAUGCUCUCUUCCAUGGAGACCUGGGCGCUGGUGCUGGCUCGAGCCCUGGUGGGCACCGGCAUGGCGGGCUGCUACGUCAUCACGCCGCUCUACGUCAAGGAGAUCAGCGAGAACUGCAUCCGAGGGGCUUUGGCUAGCUUGAUGAUCCUGAACCAAACCCUGGGGACGCUGUUGCUAUAUGUGCUGGGGGACGUGCUGAGCUACCGAACGUGUCUGCUGGCGUGCCUCGCUGUGCCUGCCGCCCAUCUGCUGUUGUUCGUGAUGAUGCCCGAAUCUCCCGCCUUUCUUGUCAGAAACGGUGAUAUUAAAGAAGGAACCAAAGUAAUGGCAUGGCUGCGCUGUCGAAGCGAGAGCGACCCUUCAGUUCAGCUUGAGAUCAACACCAUAAGGAAAGAACUGGAACAGGAAAGCGGUAGCAAGAAAUUUGCCCUGCGAGGAAUUUUGGCUGACAAAAUUCUGUUCAGAGCUUUCCGUAUUGCAAUGGUACUGACAUUGGCAAGAGAGAUAUGCGGUGCAGUGCCAGUGCUGAACUAUGCUGGCGACAUCUUCAGGAUGACUUCAGAAGGUGGAUCUGGCCUGCAGAUAACCCCCAACCAACAAGCCAUGGUGCUAGGAGUGUUCCAAGUAGCUGGAUCUGCUGUGGCAUCAAGCUUUGUGGAGAAGACAGGAAGAAAGGUGUUGCUCAUCUCUACCAGCACCGUGUUUGGAGUGAGCAUGCUCGGUCUCUCUUCUUGGUUCCUGCUGAGAACUCUUGGAAUCGACGCUCCCAGCUGGCUCCCUAUUGGCUCGCUGUGGCUCUGCAUCUUCUGCAACGGCUGUGGCUUACAACCAGUGUCGAUUGUCAUCGUCAGCGAGCUGUUUUCUUUCCAAUACCGAAGCACUGUCUCCGCUAUAACGUCCUCUACUGGAUGCUUCGCUGACUUCAUCCAAAUGCUUCUGUUCAAACCUCUGGCGUCGCUAGUCGGAAUCCAUACACUGUUCUACGGUUUUGCCGGAAUCUGCUUCGCCCACUCUUUGUACGUCACCUUUGUGGUACCUGAGACUAAGCUGAGGAACUUGGAGGAAAUCUACCAUAGACUGAAGACCAGAGCGGAAAUCGAGGAAGAUGAAAAAGUACUUAAAAUUAAGGAGCUUGGUGCUGUUGUGUAAAUAUUUUUUGUUCGAUUAGUUUGCAUCAAUGAAGUUUUUGAUGUUAUUGUUAUUUAAUUUAUUAUGAUAAAGAUCUUGUUGUUUGUAUUAGUAGUAGGUAAACAAAUUUUGUGAGAGAGAAAUUUCAAUUGACUGAUGAUAUUGAAUAAAAUACACAUAAACUAAAA